CGGCCGCCGCCGGCGUCGCGCUCGCCGUAACCGUAACCGAUAGGUGGGGAACGACGGCCUCAGUUCAGCUUGAUCGUCUCAGCGGUGAACAUCGCCCUCAAACGGUGGCCCAGCCAGAGAGAGUAGGCCGGUGUACGUCGCAUCGUCAGUGCGUGUGUUCGUCGCGCUGCUCCACACCGAACCGAAGCCGCACACGACGGCAACGAUUCCGAUAUUCAUUUAGUUGUUGUUUUUUUUUUUUUUCUUUUUGGUCGCCCAUCAGUUUCAGCAGCCGUUCCACCCCCACGAUCCUGUCGCGGCGUCGGAUUUCGUGUGGUUAAUGCGGUUUAGCGGAUCUGGUGUAUGAGAUGCAGUGUUUGGUGGUGGUAUUGCGUUGGUGAUGUGUGUCAGGGAUGUCAGUUUGUAAAGGCGCUCGUUCGUCCAGCUGUCCAGGCUGGGAAGAUGAGUCUACGACAGACGGACGUGGAGGUUUUAAUUCGGCACCUGAAUGCAAGAUACCGCUCCGACAAUUCAGGGCCGUGAAGUCAACGUAGAAGAGGGACCCCCGACUCGAGAGUCAAAACCGCGCUAGACAUGUAUAAAAUAUCGUACGAAAAAUGUGUAUGUUUUAUAUUCCUAGUGAUUUUAGCAGUUUUAAGUUGUUCAGGUUUCCGAAUAGAUAAUUUAGCCAUGACGGACAUCACCAAAAGAAACUCGAACUCUGACCCAAACUCCCCGAAAACAUCCGAAAUAUUCGACAGGAUCUUCCACCAAACGCAAACGCCGCAAACGUUGCAGAAUCCGGCCGCCGUGUACCGGCACAGGAUCCGCCAUCACCGGAACCUGAGGGCGCAAGCACGAACCCACGACCGAACCCAUCCACCUACGGGACACACCGGCACGUUGGUCUUCCCGCCGGGCACGCAGCCGUCCCAAGUCGAGCACCUCAGACACCAAAUACCGCCCACCACCCACCUCCAACCGACCAGUCCCGUAGCCACCCGCUCCCAAAGAUCACCCCAGAACCCCAAAAACAGGGGGACGAAGAGACCGUUGCGGUGCCAGCGGGAGGACAUAUCGCGGAAACUUUACCUCGCGCCGAUCGUAGUGCACGCGAAAGUCGAAUCGCUAUCGGGAUCGUCCCACCCCAUUCACUUUAAAGUGCUCGAAGUUUACAAGAACUCAUCGCUGCCCGUAGACGACACCAUCAUACUCACGCUUCACAGGAAGAAGUCGCCGAUGAAUUGCGAACGAAACGAAAGAUUCACUUUAUCUCAGGACUACAUCCUCUUUCUGCGCUCGUUCAGUGCCCACAAUUACACGCUGUUCGCCGCCUCCGAGAGGCUCAGGGGCAAGUCCAAAGCCAGGCAGAAGAUCUUGAACAUCGUUAGGAAAUUCACCAGGCCCAAUUUCAUACCAAAACCUCCGAAAGUGCAUCUGAAUGCCACCCUCGUCCAAAGAGGCCUGAAGCUAGUCUGUAAAGCUAGAGGAUCGCCCAUUCCAUUAAUCUCGUGGACGAGAAACGGAGUCGAGCUCCACAGAAACAGUGAUAACAAAAUCACCUACAAUAAAAAAAGGAGGAGUACGUUGAUUGUGAAGAAGGAUGGGGCAAAGUACGAAUGCAAAGCAAGGGGAGUAAAUGGUACUGUAGAUUCAAAAUUCUACAUCGCAAGAGAGAGUGAGGUAGUAGACUCCACAUCCCACAUCGAUUCAGGAAGUGAAGGAGCAGAUGGACUUACAGAUUGUCCAGAGGACGCAGCUAAAGGGUACUGUUAUAACGGUGGCACUUGUCGACAACUAAUAGCUUUGAAAGAAAUGUUAUGUCAAUGUCCGGAAAAUUACUCGGGACUAAGGUGCAUAACAUUCACACCACCAGGCCGUAGAUCGAUGAUUAAAUAAAUCGUCACUAAUAUUUUUGACUACUUGUGAACUGUGGAAGAAAGUAUGGAACGUGGAGUUUCAUAGAAACUAUACCAAAGAAACAUUGCAUUAAGUCGUUUUGGAGCACCGGUAAAGACUAGGAUCUCAAGACUUUGCUAAGCCAGUUCUUUUCUAAUAUAAAUGCAAAUUAACAAGACCGUCCUUUUUUAAUGAUGACAGUCUAUUUAUGAAAUAUUUUGCAUGUAUAUUAAUACCAACAUGUAUUUUUAAAUCUAAGAGUUUCCUGGUACUAAGCUAGGUUUGUCUGCGAACAAAAUGAACGUGUAAAUACUCGAUAAUUUAUUGACGCUAUGUUAUUGACUUCUUAAAAAUUAUAAGUGGUUAUUCUUCCUUCUAAAUUAAAUUUAGGAACGAUUGAAUAAAAUUAUUGUAUGCAGUCAUAUAAACAAUUAGUGCAAUAAAAUUAUAUUUUACACCAUUUUUUGUUAUUGAAGUGCUAAAAAAUAAAUCGAUGUAUUGCAAUUAUUCAUAAUUGUUACUCAUUUAUUGUGUAAAUUGGUGUAAAUUUUUGUUCUGGUUGUAAUACAGUACAUCCAUAACUGUGCAUUUUCAGAAGUGUUUAGUGUAAGCUCUCUAUUGAUGUAAUAAUUAUUCUAUUUGACAAUAAUUUGUAAAAAAAUUGUUAAUGAUACUCGCAUAUUGUGAUAACGAUAAAUGAUCUUUCAUUGAUAAAAAAUAUUAAUAUUUUCAGUAUGUAUGUAUAUGAGUCUCAAGUCAUUUAUCGUAUUUAUUAGAUAAGUUUUAUAUGCUUUGAUAAAAUAGUAUUGUUAUUUCUUUUAUAAGUUGCAAGAAUAUUUAUAAAUAAUCGUGUAGGAAGUUAAUUUCCUUUCAACAGAAAAAUUCAGUAAGUAGUGGAAAUGCUACUUUUAAUAAAUGAAUCCAGUGUUUUUGUGCAAAUUUAAUGUGCCAAAUCAAAUAUGCCUGAAAAAUAGUCUAUGGAUUUAACAAUUAAAUAAAUAGGCAUGUGAUUUGGUAUAUAGUAGGCGUUUUAAACAGUAUUUAUGUGAUUAUAUUUGUGUAAUAAAAUUGUAUA